GUGUGUGUGUGUUUGUACUGAAAUGAAGGCAGGCGGAGCUCAUGACGACAGCGGGCUUCUGUUAUAACUAAGCACCGUUUGUUUUGGUGACAGUCUCCUUCAGUUCCUCUGCAGUUGUCCGUGAAUAUGGCGCUUGUUUGGAGGAAUAUACUCAUACUUGUGUUUGCGCACUUUGUCGUGUCUCAAAGACGUAGUCCCAUUCGAUGUGGCGAACCAACAAAAUAUCCUGACAAGCAUCUGCUCAAAAAAUAUCUCCAGAAAGUAGAGUUCAAUGAUGGAGAAAAAGUGUUGUAUACAUGUGCCCUGGGUUACGAACCAUCAGCAGGAAGUCGAACAUCACAGUGUGUGCAUGGACAAUGGACAACCUUGAACAUGAAAUGCCAAAAGAAGAAGUGCAAUGCGCUGGGUGACAUAGAGAACGGGCGAUACAAUCAAGAAGGGCGAUCAUUUGGCGAUAAAGCCAUUGCUGUGUGUAAUGAAGGAUAUAUUUUGAGAGGAGAAGGAGUCCGGAUGUGCACGGAAAAAGGUUGGAAUGGGAUGGACCCCAUCUGUGAGGUGUCAAAGAUCAUCUGUUCAGCACCUGCUGUGGCAAACAGACAGAUAAAACCUGGAGAAAGGACACAGUACGCACCCCAAGACAUUGUAAACAUCGUCUGCAGUGAGGGAUUUGAUCUGAUUGGCUUGCCACAGGUCACAUGUGGAAGAGACGGCCAAUGGCAAGGCUUGCCUGUGUGCUCGAAAGUGAUGACCUGUUCAGCACCAGCUGUGGCAAACGGGAGGAUAAGACCUGGAUCUAGGGUGUACAAACCCAAAGACUCUGUAGACAUCACCUGUAGUGAGGGCUUUGAUCUGAUUGGCCCAGCACAGGUCAUGUGUGGACCAGACGGCCAAUGGCAGGCCUUGCCUGAGUGUCGCCUGAAAAGGAUUACAGUGAUGACAUGUUCAGCACCAGCUGUGGCAAACGGGAGGAUAAGACCUGGAUCUAGGGUGUACAAACCCAAAGACUCUGUAGACAUCACCUGUAGUGAGGGCUUUGAUCUGAUUGGCCCAGCACAGGUCAUGUGUGGACCAGACGGCCAAUGGCAGGCCUUGCCUGAGUGUCGCCUGAAAAGGAUUACAGUGAUGACAUGUUCAGCACCAGCUGUGGCAAACGGGAGGAUAAGACCUGGAUCUAGGGUGUACAAACCCAAAGACUCUGUAGACAUCACCUGUAGUGAGGGCUUUGAUCUGAUUGGCCCAGCACAGGUCAUGUGUGGACCAGACGGCCAAUGGCAGGCCUUGCCUGAGUGUCGCCUGAAAAGGAUUACAGAUAAAUGUGGUCCAGCUCCAUCAUACCCUCAUGCUUUCCCCAGAGACGAGUCCUCCACGCUGAAAGAGUAUCCGUCCGGUGCUCGCAUUCGCUACAAAUGCAGUAUAGGAUACGGGCGGGUCAGAGGAAGUAUCAAUAUACACUGCCAGAACGGCCAGUGGACAAACCUGCAGCUCCGAUGUGAAAGGAAGAAAUGUGGAUCUGCUGGAGAGAUUUUCAAUGGCCAGUUCGAGUACACAGGCGUGUCAUUUGGAGAUUCGGCUACAGCCGUCUGUCAAGAAGGGUAUGAGCUGAUCGGCCCAAAAGUGCAGAUCUGCAGGGAUGGAGGCUGGGACAGAAGGAGCCCUGUGUGUGAACCUGUGCACUGUCCUCCACCUCCAGAGGUCAAGGGCGCUGAGAUGUUUGACCCCAUAUAUGACCAUGUUCCGUUUGGUCACGUGUUGUCCUAUCACUGCCGUACUGGAGCUCUGAUCGGUGAGAGAGAUAUUUUCAAUCAAUUGAUGACAUGUUCAGCACCAGCUGUGGCAAACGGGAGGAUAAGACCUGGAUCUAGGGUGUACAAACCCAAAGACUCUGUAGACAUCACCUGUAGUGAGGGCUUUGAUCUGAUUGGCCCAGCACAGGUCAUGUGUGGACCAGACGGCCAAUGGCAGGCCUUGCCUGAGUGUCGCCCGAAAAGGAUUACAGAUAAAUGUGGUCCAGCUCCAUCAUACCCUCAUGCUUUCCCCAGAGACGAGUCCUCCACGCUGAAAGAGUAUCCGUCCGGUGCUCGCAUUCGCUACAAAUGCAGUAUAGGAUACGGGCGGGUCAGAGGAAGUAUCAAUAUACACUGCCAGAACGGCCAGUGGACAAACCUGCAGCUCCGAUGUGAAAGGAAGAAAUGUGGAUCUGCUGGAGAGAUUUUCAAUGGCCAGUUCGAGUACACAGGCGUGUCAUUUGGAGAUUCGGCUACAGCCGUCUGUCAAGAAGGGUGA